GUUCAUACGUAGGCAGCUAACGGAGCUGUGUGGUGUCGCGGUCGUUUCAUUUCAAAAGUGAAGUGUUCAUCGUUCUUUGCAGUCGUGAAAAUUUUUUGUUCCCCGAUUUCGUUCCUUCAUUCGUCGCGAUUUGUCGAGUCCGCAAAAUACUGGUGUGUCGGAAGCAGUGUUCCCUAAGUUGAUUGGAAUUAUCCGCAAUACAAUCAAGUGCUCCAUGGAUAUAUGAAGUGCCCUUUUGUGGAAAACGCAGAAAGAAUCCGAAAAUGUUAAUUGAUCUGUAGCAGAUCCACAGACGAGUGUGAGAAGGGCGUGUGAAUGAGAAAGCAGCGAGGCUUACACGCACACGUAUUCACCUUCGGUGCCCGAAAAUCGGUGGCUAGAUGAACGUCAUUCGUCGAUGUGACCGUGGUCACAUUUUGGACUACCAUCAUAUUAAUUACCUCCGGUGUUCGUCAACAGUGGCUACCAGUGCAAUUACCCAACAUCAACAAAUCACGCUGUGUGGUGUCACAAAAAACUGAUGUUACGAAUCAGAGUUGCCAUCCGUAACUUCGCUUAGCACAACCACCCUCAAGAGUGCAGUUUUAAUACCAUAUAGGUACGAAACGAAGAGUGUUUGUUCUCUGUGCAUGAUUGUGUUGUUUUAUUUGUGCUAGUGUCUUCGUUUAAGUCAUAAAUUGAGAAGGAAAAUUGAAGUCAAAAAGUAUGCGCAAUGAAGAAAUAAAAAGGUGUAGUGUAGGGUAACGAAAGUUUUAGCUGCUUCUUUUAAGAGGUGCAUUUUGUUCAACUAUUUGCACUAGUGCAAAGUGUUAAGUGAUGUUUCACCAGUACACCUAAUAAAAAAAUUAGCUCCAUCAUUGUGGGCCAAAACUUUGUGUUGUUAGCAAUAAUAUCAAAGUAAAGGUAACAUCGAAGAAGCUCGUGGAUUAAAAUAACAGGCGAACAUACAUUCAUGUGUACUAGUAUGCGUUGUUAUUGUAAAAUCACGACGGUAUGAAAUAAUCUGCCGCAUCCCAUUCUGAAGUUUUCGAUGUACUAAAGGAAAACGAAACAAGCAACAUCGAAGAUAGAUAGAUGGACGCGAGGGCAAACGAAAAAGAAACAGCAUAGUUGCGAUAGCGGUUUACAUAAAUGCAAAGUGUGGUUGGUGGCUGGAGGCACAGAUUUGUCACCAAGCUGCUGGAACAGUAGAAAAAAAUGAACAAAUUGGAACAUUCGCGACGGAAUACCACGCAGAAGAUACGUAUCACAAUUCUAUGCGCUCGUAACUUGCUCCGAAAGGAUUAUUUUCGGCUCCCAGAUCCGUUUGCUAAAAUCCGAGUAGAUGGCACACCUCAGGAAUACAAGACGGAGAUUUUUAAGUCGUCAUUGGAACCACGAUGGAAUACCCAUUACGAUCUGUUCCUGGGGAAGAACGACAACAUCACGAUAUCGAUCUGGAACCAACGCAAGGUUCAGAGACGGCAAGGUUCGGGAUUCCUUGGAUGCGUGCGCAUUGUGGCCGGCACGAUACAGCGACUCAAAGAUACAGGGUACCAACGACUAGAGCUGUGCAAAGCCUCACAAGAUGACCCGGAACCGGUAAAGGGUCAAAUCAUUGUUUCUCUCAUGUCCCGCGAUGCUACCACUGGUGGUACUCCACUGGCAAUAGUCGGACCAACCGGCGACGUUCGUGGACCGGACGACGAUGAGAAAAUAGCUAAAGACGAAUUGCCCCCUGGAUGGGAGGAGCGCUUGACACAAGAUGGACGCGUUUACUAUGUGAAUCAUGUCACCAAGACGACUCAGUGGUCUCGCCCCACGGAACCGGCUGGUACGGUACCGCCAGCACUAAGCAACGGAAGCAGUAACAACAGCAGUGCCGACUCGAUCCCGCCAGGUCCGUCAAAAUCUGCGACCAAUAAUAGUAUCAAUAGUAUUCAGUCCAACGACUCCGGCAGCCGAAGGCACUCGGCGGAAAUAAUGCUCAACAACUCCAACAACAAGGAGAACUGUAAUUCAAAUAAAGAACGGAUAAAGGAUUUGGACACUAAUAAUACGGGGCUUUUAAAUGGUGGAUUAUUAAGUACAGUUGGAGGGGGAGGAUUGGGUCGGCAUGAUGCAAAAAGUCCCGUGCGAACACGGGACGAGAGUAUACUGAUUACACCCAGUUCUAGCACUAGUCCGCUUAGUGAGAUCAAUAGUCCAGUGACACCGAAGACGAACACAGAACUUUUAACACCGAGAAAUUCGGGGUCUGCAAGGGAACCUCCACCGCUAGCAGGUCUGCCAAAUGCAAUAGGUUCACUGUCAAUCGAUCCGUCCACAUUGCGAACAACGCAGUCUAAUGGAAAUAUUUCUAAUGUGCACUGUAACAUGGCAUCUAGUAGCGUGAAUAGCAACAAUAAUCACAACGGCAAUAGCACAAAUGCAAACAAUACGAGCGCCAAUUUUUCACCGUUGAAUAAUUCCAAUUCCAGUAAUACCAGUAACGGAAUGCUGAUGAAUGGCACAACCAUUUCCAAUUGCAAUAACAAUAGUUCGAAUAGCAAUGCCAAUAGCCAUUCGCCCACACAUGGAGCCACUGGUUCCGCCAGGGACAACGGCAACACAAGUAAUUUGGUUGUUCAACAACAACAACAUGUGCCUUCGUAUUUACCCGCGCCGAACUGUAAUCUAUCAAAUGGUAAUAUUCGAGUUUUGGACAGCAGUUCGAUUGAGGUGCAGUCCGUUCCAGGACGAUCACAACCUCAACCUCAACAACCAGCACCCCCAGGAGGAGGAGGUGAUGGAAGUCGGGAAUCAUCAGCACAACGAACACGCCGUUCCUCUCGCAACGCGGAGGAACCAUCUUCACGUAGGCGAUCAUCGAGAACGGCGCGGCCCCCGCUUGUGAUGCCGCCACCACAGACACGUGGUAGCGCUCCACUGGUACGGCCUGCCGUAGAUUUACCUCCCGGAUAUGAAAUGCGAACAACUCAGCAAGGACAGGUCUACUUCUAUCACAUACCAACCAAGAUGUCAACUUGGCACGAUCCUCGGAUUCCUCGUGAUUUUGACACGCAAAAUAUUGCUCCGGAAACAUUAGGCCCGCUUCCACAUGGUUGGGAACAGCGUAAAACUGCCUCGGGACGGGUGUACUUUGUCGAUCAUAAUAAUCGAACUACUCAGUUCACCGAUCCUCGCCUGAAUGGACACAUUCUACAUAUGAUUCGUAAACAGGCACAACAAACAGCGCCAGUAGCAGCGGCCGGACCUAAUUCCAGUCCAGCAGGCCCUAGCGGAUGCUCUUCACCAGCAGCUGCUGCUGCCCUUAGCUCUCUUUCCGGUGCAGGACCACAGGUUUCGAACGGAGCGUCUCCAGUCACACCUGGCAAUUCUCGCUUGAUGUUGGGUCCAGAAACUACCGCUUCCAGUCUACCAAUGGACACAACACCCCAUCGAACAGCACCAAGCAAUAUUGCAGAUCUUCCGCAAGGUUUGCUGGACGGUGCCGAAUUGUUACCCAAGUAUCGACGAGAUUUGGUUGGAAAGAUACGAUCGCUAAGAGCUGAAUUGCAAACGCUUCAACCACAAUCGGGCCACUGUCGUUUGGAAGUAUCCCGACAUGAAAUCUUUGAGGAGAGCUACAGACUGAUAAUGAAAAUGCGACCACGUGACAUGCGUAAGCGACUGAUGGUAAAAUUCAAGGGCGAAGAAGGACUGGAUUACGGAGGUGUAGCGCGAGAGUGGCUUCAUUUGUUGUCCCGAGAAAUGCUGAACCCUCAGUAUGGGUUGUUUCAGUAUAGUGGUGAUGAUCGAUACUCGUUGCAGAUUAACCAAGAUUCUGGAAUAAAUCCCGAUCAUCUCUCGUACUUCCACUUUGUGGGACGGGUACUUGGCAUCGCAGUGUUUCACAAUCACGUACUGGAUGGAGGCUUUACGCUUCCUUUCUACAAACAGCUGCUCAAUAAACCCAUUACGCUGAAUGAUAUAGAGGAUGUCGACCCGGAUCUGCACAGGAGUUUGACCUGGAUACUUGAAAACAAUAUCAACGGAGUAAUAGACUCGACGUUCAGCGUAGAAAAUAACAGUUUUGGAGCCCUCAAGGUACACGAGCUCAAGUCAAACGGUGCGUCACUGCCAGUUACCGAAGACAACAAACGCGAAUACGUGAAACUUUACGUAAACUAUCGAUUUAUGCGAGGAAUCGAACAGCAAUUCUUAGCUUUAUCCAAAGGUUUUGGCGAGCUAAUACCAAGCCAGCUUCUGCGACCGUUUGACGAACGAGAAUUGGAGCUAGUAAUCGGUGGAAUAAGCAAAAUCGAUGUCAACGAUUGGAAGGCCCACACACGACUGAAGCAGUGCACACAGGAGACACCACAAAUAUUGUGGUUCUGGCAGAUUGUGGAAUCCUACUCACCGGAGAUGCGUGCCCAACUGCUGCAGUUCGUGACCGGAUCCUGCCGAGUACCGCUACAAGGUUUUCGUGCUUUGCAAGGUUCUACCGGGGCCGUUGGUCCCCGGCUGUUCACGAUUCAUCUGACCGCGGACGCUCCACUUCAAAACCUUCCGAAAGCGCACACCUGUUUCAACAGGAUCGAUCUACCAAUGUACGACUCAUAUCAGCUGAUGUACGACAAACUAACGCAGGCCGUUGAGGAGACGUGCGGAUUCGCUGUGGAGUAGGGCUUGUAUCGCUCCGUGUGGAUAUUCGAUCAAUAAAAAAAUCUACUGAAUAAAUCAAUCGACAUGCGCCUAGCAAGAAGGCGAUAAAAAUGAGUUUAUAUUUUCAGUGUAAUUGAACGAAUAGGAAACGAAAUGUAGUGCUGAUUUUUUCUCUUUCUACAGAGUAUAAGAGGAAUUAAUGAAUUCUACACCCAUUAAAAUUUCGCGAAAGAUCGAAAUAAAUACUCGUUAGAACUGCCUUUGAGGGAACAUUGACUUUGAUCAUUUUUUUAGAUAACAAAGCCAAUUAAAAAAAAGUGUUCUAACAACCGUACAAUUUUUCAUGCUAGUGAAGGAAAAUCUAAUAAUCAAAUGUCGGAAAAUCAAAUGAAGUCAUCAGUAGUGAACCAAAUCUAGACAACUAAAAUUAAAGCAGUUUUUCAUUAGCAAUUGUUACACAGUUGAACACCAUAGCUCAACUUUUUUUUUAAAUUUACACAGAAAAGAAAAUCGAAUAUCGUUAACUUUUUCACACCAUUUAUAGAACCUUUUUGACCUCAAUUCUAACGCGAGAGUUUUGGCAGAUGUUUGGAACUUUUUUGGCGAAAUAUUCGAUUGUCUAGUAAAUCGGUUAAUCCAAGUGAGUGAUAUUUUACGAUUUUGAAAUUUUAUAUCGGAAACAAAAAAAAACGACGAAAAAAUAAUGAGAUUAUUAUCAUCUAAUAGAUAAACAAUAUCAUCUAAUUGUUCCGCGUAAAUUGUUUUGUUGAUUCAAAAGGUAUAAAUAACACUUCAGUAAGUCGUUCAAUCGAACUGGAUGGGGGAUUUUAUCAACUAGAUAAAAAUAAAAAUUUGAACAUAUUUAUUGUAGGAAAAAGUUUUACAAUUUUCAAUCAUUUAGAACACUACCACAUAUUCUUAUCCAUAAGAAAAGUAGAGUGAUUCAUUGAUAUUUUGUUAAAAACUUGUUAAGUAGCAUUACAAUGUAUACAUGAAGCAACAUUUGGUAUGUAUAUCACGAACCAGAGUGACGUUUUUAGUAAUCCUUAACCAAUGUAUAAUUUAAGACUCAAAUCCCCUUUUUGUACAUAGAAACAUGAAAAGUCACAUAUUGAUAUCUUUCGGAUAGCUUGGACGAUUCGAUCAAUAAAUUUAGGAGUUGUAUUCGAAUAUGAAACAUGAAUCAUCCUCCCAUUAGCUAGGAAUAUGUUUAAUUCGAACCACGAGUAAGGCGUGCCCGUACGUGCUAUUUUGUUGAGUUCAAUUGAUUCCAGCCAGACAAUAUGGACGGAACGGAUAGGAAUAGAUAGAAUUAUUUCGUGUGAACUUUGCUGGUUCUAUGUCGUUAGCAUUAAUGCUAGUGGGAUCUUAUUUAACAUGCGUAAACAAUACGUUUCCUCGAAAUAAGCGGUCAGAAUCAAUCUAGCUCUAUGCGAUUGUGGAAUGUAGCGUUCAGUGUCAGCAGUGCAGCAUGAAGAAGUUUACGUUGGUUUAUAUAUAAUCGAUAUAAACGUAAGAAAACCAACAACAUAUAUAAAUAUUAUUGUAAAUUAUAUUAAAACAUUUUAUACAGUUA